AUGACGCAAAAUAAGCCUGUUAUUGUUCUUAUUCCUGGUGGCUUUUGCAGUCCCGACACGUACCAAGCUGUUGCCGAAUUUCUUCGAGAGGACGGCUUCACAGUCAAAAUCAUCACAUUGACAAGCACCAGAACCCUUCCUUCAGAAGACCCCGCCCAUGAUGAAUACAAAGAUCUAGCCAGCAAAGGGAUGCUCGACGACGUUAAAGAAAUACACGACAGUAUCGCUAAGGAACUUGAUGAGGGCUCUGAAGUUGUUCUCUUUGGCCACAGCUACGGAAGUCUCCCAGGACUCUUGUCUAUUGAGGGUUAUGCCCCGGAGGAACGUAAAGCAAAAGGACUUGCUGGAGGGAUCAAAGCAUAUGCGGCUGUCGCUGGAUUCGCGUUUGCGGUGCGCGAGAGGAACAUUUAUGGGACUACGGAACAAGGGCCCGUGAUGCCUAAUCAUUCCCACGAGGACGGCGGCCUUGUGCAUCUCCAUGAUACAUUCAAACCUUCCUUCUUUAGCGAUCUACCAGCAGACCAACGAGACGAAGCUUGGAAAAAGGUCCUUGGUAGCCAGAGCCGCAAGAGCUUCGACCACCUGGCAGACUUUAUCAAUGCGGAUGUCAAGAUUCCCACGACUUAUGUCAAGUGUGAGAAGGAUGAAGUUCUACCUCCGAUGUAUCAAGAUAACUUUAUCCAAGCAGGAGGCUUUAGUAAAGUGGAAAGCCUGCCUUCUGGCCAUUUUCCAUUUCUUAGCAUGCCGAAAGAGACGGCUGAGCUUUUUGGACGGAUUGCUAUGGCAUAG